AUGUACCCCAACCCUCUCAUCUACUGCACCUGCUGGGACCCCUGGAACUUGGGGCCACGGAAGCUAAUCAAGACCCCUCAGCCACCAAGAAAGACCUGCACACAGAAGACCAAGCUAGCUCCUCUUCCUCCGGCUUCAAAAAAACAAAAUUAUGUCCAACCACCAAAAAAACCUGCUGUCCCCCCAAAAGUGAAAACCCGUUUAGGAAAAAAAGAGGAGAGCACUACUUUACCUUCUGAAGUGAUCAACGUGAGCCCUGGCUAUCGCCUCUUUCGAAAUAGGGAGCAGAUUUCCGUCACCUUGGGAGAUGAGAUGUUUGGUAGGAAAAAUCAUUUGAAAUCGGAGAUUAUGGACAAAAUCAGCACUCGCAGGACUGAUAUCAUUACUGACCUAGAAGAGCAGAUCUCAGAUCUGACGAUGAUAAUAGAGCAAAUGAACAGAGACCACCAGUCCUCCGAAACAAAGCUCUCCAAUGAAAUGGAAAAGCGCUGUGCUGAGAUGAAGCAGGACUUUGAAAACAAGAGCAGGGAGCUCAAAAAGGCUCAUGCAGCAGAGCUCAGUGAGUUGGAGAACAACUACAAAGCAGCCUUAAAGGAAGAGAAGUUGGCUUCCCAAGAAAAACUAGAGGAGAUGGGAAAGGAAUACAAGUAUUUGAAGAAUAUGUUUUAUAUGUAUCAGGACAGCCUUUAUGAUGAAAUGGAAGAUAAGUGGACAAAGAAGGCGGCAGAAUGGGAGAAGAAUGAGAAGUUGGAACGGGAAAAGAUCCUGCUACAGCAAAAAAAUAAGAUGACAAAAAAGUUUGAGUUAGAGACGGAAGAAGAAAAGAAAAAAUUAAGUGACUCCUACAGUGUUAUCCUUGAGAACUUCACUCGAGAGAAGGAGGAGCUCUUGAUACAACAUGAAAACAACACCUCGCAAUUACAGGAGCUAAAAAAGGCCAAAGAGGUCAUAGAGGAAGAGUUGCAUGCACAAGCUGUUAUCCUAGAAUCACUGAACACCACCCUCUACCAAACCCAGAUGGAACUCCAGAAGGAGAAAUCUGCGGUGGCAAGUCUGGAGAAAACAUUCCAGUCCAAGCUUGCUGAAGCUGAAGAGAAGUUUAAAUUCACUAUACAGCUCCUGAGAGAAGAAAACAUUCAUUUGAGGCAAAAGAUAAAUGCCAAGAAUGGAGGAACUUAUGAAGAAAGAUCUAGAAGGUCAGCCUGUAUUACUAUUUAUGAGGAUGAUUCUGAGACUUCAGAAGAUGGUAGCAAGAAAAGACAUGAAUUAUGA